UUUUUUGCCUUUUCUAAUAUGUUGAGGUAAAGCAAACAAAGCUGCUUUAUUCUUGUAACUUGUAAGAGCAAGAAAGAACAAUGUCAUCAUCAAACCAGAACCUUAAAGAUCUUCAAUGGCUUCUACAAGCCAUAAGAUCUGAAACCCUAAAUCUACAAUGCAUUUCUUUUUACCUUUCUCAAACAGCUUCAGGAUGUUAUCAAGAAACAGAAAAUUCUUUGAACAUCAACAUUUCUGAGAACGACCUUUCUUUCUUUUCCCAAAUCCUUUCAGAUUUAGGCAUAGCCAAGAAACCUCAAUCUUCUUUAACAAAUCUUGAAUUUUACAGAGUGGACUGGGGACUAGAACAGAUACUGUUUCUUGGAAUUUUAAUGCAGAACAGCUCAAGCAUCAAGCAGCUUGUUUUUCGCCGGAACAGAUUCAAUAAAGAAUGUUUGUUUGAGCUUUGUGAGGUUUUGAAGAGGAAUGCAGUGAUUAAAGAAAUUAUGUUUUGUGAAUCAUGUAUAGGUUCUGUUGGAGCUGGACUUGUAGCUGCUGCUCUGAAGGUGAAUGAGAGCUUGGAUGAGUUGCAGAUAUGGGAAGACUCAAUAGGAUCAAAAGGGGCAGAAGAGCUUUCUAAGAUGAUUGAAACAAACUCAACUUUAAAGCUUUUGACAAUUUUUGAUUCACAUAUAACAGCAAUUCCACUUAUAUCAGCUGUUUUAGCAAGAAAUAGGACAAUGGAGGUUCAUGUAUGGAGUGGAAAAAAUGGAGAGAAAAGUUCGAAGGUAGUGGAGUUUUUGCCUGAAAAUAGUACACUUAGAAUUUAUAAACUAGACAUUCCAGGUUCUUGUAGGGUUGCUUGCUCUUUAGGAUUGAACACAACUGUGAAGUCACUAGACAUGAGUGGAGUGAAGCUGAAAUCACGGUGGGCCAAAGAGUUUCGAUGGGUUUUGGAGCAGAAUCGGAGUCUUAAAGAGGUUAGGUUGGCGAAGACUUGCCUUAAAGAUAAGGGAGUUGUGUAUGUUGCAGCUGGACUUUUCAAGAAUCGGAGUUUGGAAAACUUAUUUCUUGAUGGAAACUGGUUUAGUGGGAUAGGUGUAGAGCAUUUGCUAUGCCCUCUGAGUAGGUUCUCUGCUCUGCAAUGCCAAGCUAAUAUUACUCUUAAGUUUUUGACAUUUGGUGGAGGAAAAACAAGGAUUGGAAGAGAUGGGCUCGCGGCAAUUAUACAGAUGAUAACAUCUAACGAAACUGUGACCAAGCUGGGAAUAUGUGAUGAUGAGAGUUUGAGACCAGACGAUUUUGUAAAAAUUUUCAGGAGCUUAGAAAAGAAUGCAAGUUUGAGGCGUUUGUCUUUCCAAGGUUGUAAAGGGGUUCAAGGAGAAUUAGUACUAAAGACAAUAAUGGAGAUGUUGCAAGUAAAUCCUUGGAUUGAAGACAUUGAUCUUUCAAGAACUCCGCUGCAGAAUUCGGGUAAGACUGAUGCAAUUUAUCAAAGAUUAGGCCAGAAUGGAAAGACUACUGAACCAGAAGCAGAAACGGAUUUGCUUAAGGACAUGCCACUUACUGAGCCAAAGAGUUGCAGGGUAUUUUUAUGUGGGCAAGAAUAUGCAGGCAAGACUACACUUUGUAACUCUAUAUCACAAAAUUUUUCUGCAUCAAAGCUUUCGUACAUUGACCAAGUGAGAACUCUAGUGAAUCCAAUUGAACAAGCUGUUAGAACAAGUGGAAUGAAAAUAAAGACUUUCAGAGAUGAAGAUACAAAGAUUUCAAUGUGGAAUCUUGCAGGCCAACAUGAGUUUUAUUCCCUUCACGAUCUUAUGUUUCCUGGGCAUGGAAGUGCAUCAUUCUUCUUGAUCAUAUCAAGUAUGUUCAGAAAACCCAGCAACCGAGAACCAAAGACGCCAGAAGAGAUUGAAGAGGACUUGCAAUAUUGGCUCAGAUUCAUAGUUUCCAACUCAAGAAAAGCUAUUCAACAAUGUAUGUUGCCAAAUGUAACUAUAGUCCUCACACAUUGCGACAAAAUCAACCAACCAUCGCAAAACUUGCAGCUCAUAGUGACUUCAAUACAGAGAGUAAGAGACAAGUUCCAAGGGUUUGUUGACCUGUAUCAAACUGUAUUCACAGUUGACGCAAGAUCAUCUGCAUCUAUUAGUAAACUCACUCAUCAUCUUCGAAAGACAAGCAAGACGAUUCUCCAAAGAGUGCCUCGAGUUUAUCAGCUUUGCAAUGAUCUAAUUCAAAUUUUAUCAGACUGGAGCUCUGAGAACUACAACAAGCCAGCAAUGAAGUGGAAAGAAUUUGGUGAGCUUUGCCAAGCGAAGGUUCCUCCAUUGCGAAUCCGUUCUAGACAAGACAAUAAAGAAAAGAUGGAAAUGAGGAGAAGGGCCGUUUCUAGUUGCCUUCAUCAUACAGGUGAAUUGAUAUAUUUCGAUGAAUUAGGCUUCUUAAUCUUAGACUGUGAGUGGUUCUGUGGUGAAGUGCUUAGCCAACUAAUAAAAUUGGACGUGAAAAAGCAAAGCUCAAUGGAGAAUAAUGGAUUUAUUACCAGAAAAGAAUUGGAGAAAAUUCUAAGAGGAAGUUUACAGGGUCAGAUUCCUGGAAUGGGUUCAAAGGUGUUUGAGAACUUAGAGGCCAGUGACCUUGUGAAAAUGAUGCUGAAACUAGAACUGUGCUACGAACAAGAUCCAUCUGAUCCAAAUUCUCUGCUAUUGAUUCCAUCAAUGCUUGAGGAAGGCAGAGGAAAGCCCCAGAGGUGGCAGUUAAGUCAACCUGACUGCCUUUAUGCAGGAAGGCAUCUCGAGUGUGAUGACUCGAGCCAUAUGUUUCUCACACCAGGCUUCUUUCCUCGUUUGCAGGUUCAUCUUCAUAAUAGAAUCAUGGCGUUGAAGAACCAGCAUGGAGCAACCUAUAGUCUUGAGAAAUACCUCAUCUUGAUAAACAUCAAUGGUACCUACAUCAGAGUAGAACUUGGAGGACAAUUGGGAUACUACAUUGAUGUUCUUGCUUGCUCUACCAAGAAUUUGACAGAAACCCUAAGACUUAUUCAGCAGCUCAUAAUUCCAGCAAUCCAUAGUCUCUGCCACGGUGUUACCUUGGCAGAAAGCAUUAUAAGGCCUGAAUGCGUGCAAAACUUGACACCUCCCAGGUACAGGAAAACACAAGUUGUGUCUGUGCAGCAAUUGAAACAGGCGUUGCUAUCGCUUCCUGCAGACGGCAUGUAUGAUUAUCAGCAUACUUGGGAUCAAGUUUUGCAUUCUGGCAGACCUAUUCUAAAAGCUGGAUUUGAUCUUGCUCGAGACCUGCUAUCAGAUGAUGACUUCCGGGAAGUACUGCACAGGAGAUAUCAUGACUUGUAUAAUCUUGCUGUGGAAUUGGAUAUUCCAACAGAAAUAAAUCCAGAUGGAAUUGAUCAAGCAGUUAACGAACUUGGCAAAGUUGAUCCUAGCUUUGCUGGAAUUGCGAAGGGGGUGGACCAAGUACUGCAGCGACUCAAGAUUAUUGAACAAGAGAUAAGAGACUUGAAGCAAGAGAUACAAGGGUUAAGAUAUUAUGAGCACAGACUUCUCUUUGAACUUCAUCUCAAAAUGAACUACCUUAUGAACUACACCAUUCAAAUGGAAGAGAGGAAGGUGCCUAACAUGUUCUUUUUUGUUAGGACAGAAAACUACUCGAGAAGAUUAGUCACCAGCAUAAUCUCUGGCAUGACCGCACUUCGGAUGCACAUGCUAUGUGAAUACAGGCGAGAAAUGCAUGUUGUUGAAGAUCAAAUAGGUUGUGAAAUGAUGCAGGUUGAUAACAACACAGUGAAAUGUCUGGCUCCACACAUGAAAAAUUUCAUGAAGUUGGUAACUAUGGCUCUUAAGAUAGGAGCACAUUUGGCAGUUGGAAUGGGAGAAAUGAUACCAGAUUUGAGCAGGGAAGUUGCUCAUUUGACUGGGUCUUCCCUUAUGUAUGGUGCAGCAGGAGCAGUUGCAGCUGGAGCCAUGGGUGCAGUGGCUAUGGGACGGAACAGAAGCUCAAGAGACAUUCAACAAGAUCAAAGAGCAGCACAGCAAUGGGUGGUGGAUUACUUAAGAGAACGGAGGUGCUCGACUGGAAAGGAUAUUGCAGAGAAGUUUGGAUUAUGGCGAGUAAGAUACCGAGAUGACGGGCAGAUUGCAUGGAUCUGUAGGAGGCAUAUGAGCAUGAGAGCAAAUGAAAUAAUUGAAGCACCCAUUUGAAACUGUCCUGCCUCAAAGAGCAUGAACAUGGGUUUAUCAUUAAUACUUUUCUUUGUUAUGUAUGCCAUUUUCUUUUAUAUCCAGUUAAACAAUUUCUAGUCAGAUAAAAUAUGCUGUAAUUACUUCAACUUUUAUGAAGCAAAAACUCCUCUUUGAAAAUCUCAUAAUAAACACUAAAAAGAACACUACUACUUGCCAGGCA